AUUUGAAGUUUUGUGAUUGGCUGUCAGCAGCUGUUCUGGCAAAAGGGAGAGAAGAAAGGGGAGGGGCAGCAACAUCCAGCUGUCAGCCAAUCAGCAUUUACAGUUGUAUAAUAAGUAAUUACUUAUGUACAGAACGGAAGGGAGGGAGAGAGACCGAAAGAAAGGGAGGGAGAAAAAAGAAGGGAGGAGGGAGAGAGAGGAGAGAACAUAGAGAGGGAGAGAGGGAGGAGAGCUCACUAAGCAGAGAGCGCUCACACAAACUGCUCUUCAAAGGAGGAGAUAAUGAAAAGCAGCAUGACAGCCCGAGAGGUGAGUGGCAGCAGGAGCGGAGAAAGUUUCUGAUCUGAGUCACACAGACCCUCCACACAGCUCUAAAAGCCCUCCACAACAGACCCUCCACACAGCUCUAAAAGCCUCCACGCUGACGAGGAGCAGAUGGACGUGAGGAGAAGACCGAGGAGGAAUUAAUGCCCCAGACUCCUCAUUUACAGAGGAGUCAGAGGUGCCGAGAGCCGUAGGUGACCGUCACGCAGUGACCUCGGAGCACCUGCUUCUCCUGGACCGGGGGUGCCCUUCAAUCAAAGGAUUCCAUGGAGAUUUUCAUGGCAAAGUUGUGCCCAAAACAAGUCCAACCAGACAGCUCAACAUCUUUUCCUGUGACUUUAUGACCUCUCAUACGAUGACCAGCAAGUCUUUCAAGCAUAGAAUAUGGAUGUCAUAUUUCCCUGCCCUCAAUCAGACAGUGGCUACCGACACCAAUGCUGACAUGAUGCUGGGCUUGGCUUUACCAAGAUGUUAACCACAGAGCAGAACCUGGAGGCAGGGGCAGCAGCAUGGUCAAUCUGACGCCCAGUGCUUCCCCUUGGGCGGGGCGCGUGCCACCGGGAGGGUACAAUUACCUGGCUCUGGUGUGUGGUGUUCCGCUCAUCCUCAUCAUUAUCCUGGGGAACGUUCUGGUGUGCCUGAGUGUUCUCACCGAGAGGUCACUGAAAACGGCGACUAAUUACUUCAUCGUCAGCUUGGCUGUGUCAGACCUCUUGCUAGCCGUGCUGGUGCUGCCUCUGUAUGUCUACUCGGAGUUUCUUGGGGGGGUGUGGACCCUGAGCAUGUUUAUCUGUGAUGCUUUGAUGACUAUGGAUGUUAUGCUCUGCACAGCCUCCAUCCUCAACCUGUGUGCCAUCAGUGUGGACAGGUACAUUGCUGUUGUGGUCCCCCUUAGGUACAACAGAAACCAGUUUAGCAUGCGCCAGCUAGCUCUGAUUGGAGCCACAUGGCUGCUGUCCUUGACUGUGGCCAGCCCGGUCAUCUUUGGACUGAACCAGGUGCCGGACCGGAACCCACACGUGUGUAAGCUGGAGGACGAUCGCUUUGUGGUCUAUUCGUCCAUCUGCUCCUUCUUUGUGCCCUGCCCAGUCAUGCUCUUCCUGUACUACUGGAUGUUCCGGGGCCUGCGCCGCUGGAGCUCAGGCCGCAGCCGCUCCCACUUCAGGCGGCCAGCGAGGGGCCCCCAGAGCCUGUCCCUGAGGCUGGGCCCAGCCCUGCAGAAGGAGAAGGAGAAGGGCCAGGCACGGGAAAAGGUUGUGGCCCUUGUGCCAGGAGGCCACAGGCCCAACUCAUUAUCCGCCACACCCGCUACACCCAUAACCUCUGCUCCACCUGGACCUCCAGUCUCCCCCGACGCCACCACACCAACCAGCCCUCUGAGUCCCAUCAGCCCGGUAACCCUGACAACAGACGAGGCUCAGCUACCGUUGGGGACAGAGAGUGACCCCUUGACCACUCAACUGGACAGUGCGUCGGAUGCUGAGCCCACGGACAGAGCGCGUAACGCAAGUGGACCGAGGGAGAAUGGGCUGGCUAAGAACCAUGGCUCCCGAAGGUCACGUCGCCACAGUAAAAGCAGCCGUGUGAGUGGGCGGGAGCGCAAGGCCAUGAAGGUGCUGCCGGUGGUCGUAGGUGUGUUCCUGGCCUGCUGGACUCCUUUCUUUGUAGUUCAUGUCACCAACGUCCUCUGUGUCACCUGCAAAAUCGAGCCGCAACUAAUCAGUGUGGUGACGUGGCUGGGCUACGUCAACAGUGCAGUGAACCCCAUCAUCUACACCGCCUUCAAUGCAGAGUUCAGGAACGUCUUUCACAAACUCCUCUGCUGUCGGACAUGAAGCCUACAUUACUCCACCAAGGGUAAAAAAAGACAUACUGAAGACCCUCAGAUAUAUGGGGUCACUGUGGAAUGACAAGAUGUUAACAAUGCCUUAGUCAAUAUGACUGAACACAAAAAAAGAUGCUGCUGCUUGCCUUGUAAUAUAUUCUCAAUCCUUUUUCAAUGAUUGUUUGAGGUACACUCCAGAAUACUGUUGAUAUCAUGGCCCAGAGGCAUAAAACAUGUGAACAUGUCAUCAAAAGAGUCUUGACUGUACUUGAUGUGCAUGUAAUGUACAGAUAUACUGUAUCUAUCUCCAUUUUAUGACGAUUCAUUGAGUUUCCAACCCUUCCAUCUCAACGUGAACAUAUUCUUUGAUUUUCUGAUUAAACAUUUCCUUGUUUAUGCGUUUACUAACACAAUCAUUGCCAUUGAAUACGCAUACACUUAUGUGUGCCAAUGACAGCCAGAGGCAUGAUCCAGUGAUGGCGUUCAGCUAAAAUACUUUUCAAUGUUAUUUAUUCAAACACAGGAAACACCAAGGUGUAAAAUCAGAAAUGUUUGGUAUUGUUUGGCAACUCUGUUUUUCCAACCCUAUACUGAUGGCCCAAGGUGUGCUGUAAAUAAGUAUGUUAACUCUGGUUUUCCAACCCUAUACUGAAGGCCCAAAGUGUGCUGUAAAUAAGUAUGUUAACUCAAAUGACUCGUGUGCAGUACAUGUGUUUUAUUGUACUGAUAUUAAAAUGUGAUAGUAGAGAAUAUUGAAUGGCGUGCUAUAUUUCAGGGGUAAUUAUCAUUCUGCGGAUAUUAAACAUAUCGUAUUUCUUACAUCUAAAGUCUAUGUAAGUGCUUCAAACGUUCUACAAGGAGACUGCUGUGUUCAUUUCAGCUGUA